CCUGUGUAUGUCCAUGGUCUCCUCAGAGAGAGCACCUGUUCUGAGGUCCAGCACCAUGUCUUCUCCUGUCCUGCUGAUGGUUCUCCUGAUUCUCCAACUCUCCCCGACCAGAAGCACCAUCCUCACCAUCCACAACAACAAAUAUGACAACCUCGUUGUUGCCAUUCACGACAGCGUCCCAGAGAACCACACCAUGAUACCCGAGAUGAAGAGCAUUAUCACUGAUGCCUCCUGGGCGCUGUACCAGGCAACCAGGAGACGAUCCUACAUUGGCAGCGUCACGUUCCUUGUCCCAGGCACGUGGUCUAAACAGCCAGCUUGGGGCACUGCGACGGAUGAGACAUUUGAAGAAGCAGAUAUCCGAAUCGACCAGCCAUCUCCAGUAUAUGGGGACAAUCCCUACACGGAGCAGCCUGCUGGAUGUGGCACGCCUGGGAAGUUCAUCCACCUCACUCCGGAAUAUGUCCUCAAUACUCGGUACAGGCUGACAAACUGGGGCCAGGGAGGUCGGACACUCGUCCAUGAGUUCGCGCAUCUCCGUUACGGCGUGUUUGAUGAGUAUGGACUUGGUAGCGCCGACUUCCCCGACUUCUACCUGGACGACGACACCCUGAUGCCCACCGGCUGCACCGACUCCAUCAAGGGCCAGCUACAAGGGGACUGCAGCCUCGACCCGGCCACACAGCUGCCAGGGAAGGACUGCUACUUUCUGUCGGACGUGGACGGCAACACGGCUAGAGCGUCCAUCAUGAACGAUGUCUUCGUCAAAUCGGUGACUACAUUUUGUGAGAGCAAUACCAAUGACCCGGAUUACCUUCACAACGACCUGGCCCCGAACCUGCAUAACAAGAUGUGUGGGGGCAAGGGCACCUGGGACGUCAUCUUGGAGAGCCCCGACUUCAGGGGAGGUACCAACCCACCCGUCAACAAGACCGAGGCUGAGAUAAGGCCGACGUUCAACGUUCUGUUCAACGCUAAAACUACAACACACACUGGAGGGGAAGCCUGUGGUAGACCCGUGGUCCUUGUCCUGGAUGUUUCCGGUUCAAUGCGAUCGAACGACCGCUACUUCAAACAAGGUCAGACAGCAGACAAACUCAUCAGAGAUAUCCUUCCCGUGGGAACCAAGGUCGGGGUGGUAACGUUUAGUUACACCGCGUCUAAAGCAAUACCACUGACGGUGUUGUCGACGACCGCUGACAGAGACCGUGUUUCACAGCAGCUGCCGACACUCUAUGACUAUGGAGGUGGCACCGGCAUUGGUAGUGGACUCCUUCUUGCUAAACAGAUGCUACAAGAUGCAGCUGAUGUGAAAGGACAGUUACUCCAGGCUGGAGUCCGGGUACACGCAGUGGCCUACAGUAGUGCAGCUGCCCGUGCCAUAGGGAAACUAGCAAAUGAAACAGGUGGCCAAUACGCCUACUACUCUGAGGGCGCCACGUCCACCGUCCUCGACAGCGUCAUCGAGACCUUGAUGAAAGACAUCUCCAUCUGUAACAACAGGGUCCGUAUAGAGAUAUUGAGAGCAGCUAAGUUUGUGACUGGCGGUACAACUGUGGAAGACGACGUAAUUAUGGACGCUACAGUUGGGAGUGAUACAAUGUUUGUCUUCACCCUCCCGCAUAGAACAUCAGUGACGGUGACCUUGACAUCCCCUGAUGGCGUGAAGUAUACCUCAGGUAGUAGUGAAUAUUCCAUCGACCCCACACUCAACAUCGUCAGAUUCAACUUCCACAAAGCACAGACAGGGGUAUGGCGCUAUUCACUGUGGAGCCCGACAUCUGGCACAGUGACCCUUGUGGUGAAGGCGCUCCCCGCGGACCACGCCCAACCCUAUGAGAUCAACUCCUGGCUUUCCUCCACGGGCGCUGAUCUCUCCGCAGCUAACCCAGUUAAACCUAUCGUCUAUGUCAGUGUACGCAAAGGCUACUCCCCCGUUGUCGACGCUGACGUUACUGUGAUUGUAGAACGACCAACUGGUCUUCCCGUGACUCUAAAACCAAAGGAUGACGGGACAUUGCCGGACAACAUGGCCGACGACGGGGUGUAUUCCGUGUACUUCACCCAGUUCAGCGGAAACGAGAGAGAUACUCCCUGGAUGUGGACGUGAGGACCAUCGCUCACAAAACACGCUACUUCAUUCAGGGAGGUCCCGCCUUCGGGAGGGCAAACUCAAGACUUCCCAACAGUGCUCCCCUGUCACAACUGUACCUGUCGAGAAUUUCACCCGCACAACCUCUGCUGGUGCAAUGGACGUGGAUGGCUUUGAGAAAGGAAAAGACCUGUAUGCCCCGAGUAGAGUCACCGAUCUGAAGGUCAU